CACGACUUGGAGAACGAAAAUUCGAAGUUUGUACGUUCAUUUUAGUGCAUAUGAUCACAGUCUAUGAGACAUUUAUCGAAAACUUCGAAUUUUCGUUCUCCAAGUCGUGUGAUGCUCAAAAUUGGUACACAAGGGUAGUUCGACAUGCUCUACAACAUGGGCUACACGAGAACACAAUACGAGAAGUUUUAAGGUGGGUUUCGGGCCAAAAACUGAUUUUUAGAGGUUUUGGUUUUUGGCCUUCCCUGGCCAGACUUGAAGUUUAAUAAAUUUUCUGAUUGUGUAGGGUUGUAGAGAAAUGUUUGCUCUAUCAAACUCAUGCCAUACGAUAACUCCAUGCUAUAAGAACUUUUUCAACACCAUAUUAAACAAACACAUUCACAUUUCUUUCAGUUCGAGCGACAAUUUUAUUAUUUUAUCAUCAUGCGUACUAGCAGCGAUCGUAUUAAAAACAGAGAGUCUUUUUAUUGACAGAACAAAAUUAAUGAAAGCUCUCAUUUUAAAAUGUCCCAUAUCUCAUGCACUAAAACUAUUACCUUUAGAUAAUAGUAAAUGCUAUUGGACAUUCUGACUUUUAUGUAUUGAACGAACGCAACGAUUUAUUCUCAGCAAAAUAAAGCAUAAAACUAUAAGAGAUAACAUGAAAUACAUGUCAUUGUAAACUCAUCUAGUUUAUUCUAGAAUUCCAAUCUGAUUUGAAUUCUAAAUCCGACAAUUCUGUAUCAACUCAAAGUUCUUCUUUGAAUAUUUUCUUAUUGCUCUAUUUUAUUAUAGAAAAACAAACCGUGUCGAAUUCAAUUCAGUUUUUCUCUUUACUAUAAAUAAAUUUUUGCUAAAUGAUACAUAUUUUAACAUAUUGUAGAAGUUUCUGUUAGAACGGUGACUUUAUUUAACGUUAUGGCGACUUUAUCAUAUUUUAUAUUAAACUGUCAAUGCAUACAGUAAGAAAAGGUGAAAAAGAAGAACAGAUAUUUAUUCUUUUGUUCCACUUCUUAAAAGGCAGAGCUUUAUCAACCGUCAAUAGUGUAUGAUAAUAAAUAUUUUUAUUAUUUCAAACAUUUAAUUUCGUUUUCAAGAUUUUAAAGGAAGAAAUGUAAAAUACAACAUACGAUAUUUUUUCACACAUUUUUAUAAACAUUAUAAGAAAAAUACUCGGACAUGUCAAAGGUUAGCUUUUUAAACAUUCAAAGUUCGAAUCAGAAUUAAAUCUUAUGAGCAUUUAUGUUCAAUCUUUUUCUUUCAUGCGUAGAAAUCACGUACCACGUCACCGGAACCCAAUGUUAUACUAAUUCGUAAGAAUGAACUGUUCAAUAAUUCACAAACCAAUUUGAAAGACGAGCUUGACUCACCAUUUACUACGAGACAUAAUGAGGGUGAUCAUAACAACAUUGGAUACAUUAAAACUAAUUCUUUUAAUUCAAAUGGUGAUCUAAAAACAAAAAUUGGAGCUGUCUCGGAAGAUGACAAUGCUAAACAGAUAAAGAUUGCUGAUGAUAAAAGAAGAAACUCUUCUAUUAAAAACGCUAAUAUUGAUGAAGAAUCAAGCAAUGAUGAGGAAGAUGAUAAUGAAGGUUUUGAAAAGUUGGAUUCACAAGGCAAUAUGUUUGGAUUAGUGGUUCGAGCCCUCGGCGAAGGCCCAUCGAAAGCGUAUUUUCGAAAUUAUUUAAGGAUAAAGAAUGUAUUAAUUCUUAUUGCUAUUGCCGUCUAUUUGGGGCUAACUAUAAAAGAUGCAAGAAAUUGUGUUUCAUUGAUCGGUGUAUUUGUAUUAAUUUUAUUGGGAACAUUAGGUUCUAAACAUCCACAUCGAUUUAUAUUAGCAACGUUCGUCAUUCGAAUUAGUGUUGGUUAUGAAUUUUUUAAUUUUUUGGGCAAUGAAGUAUCAAAAUUUAUCAAUUAUGUAGAAGCAGGUGCAGUGUUUGUCUACGGGGAGAAUUAUGAGGAUCAUUUUUUUGCCUUUCGAGUAACAUCAAUUAUCAUAUUUCUUGGCUCUGUUAUUAAUGUUCUGUAUUAUUUGGGUGCAAUGCAAUGGAUUAUUGGAAAAAUAGCUUGGCUAAUGCAAAAGAUACUAGAUACAACAGCAGCAGAGUCAAUGAAUGCAGCUGCUAAUAUAUUUGUGGGAAUGAGUGAAGCACCGUUGAUGAUUAUGCCAUUACUUCCAAAUAUGACUGUGUCUGAACUCCAUGCGGUACUCGUUGGAGGUUUUGCGACUAUGGCUGGUAGUGUUUUAGCUACAUUCAUAUUUUUUGGUGUACCGGCAAAUCAUUUAAUUGCUGCAAGUGUCAUGGCAGCACCCGGUGCUCUCGGUUUUGCAAAAUUAUUACUACCUGAAACUCAUAAAUCAAAAACAACGUGGGAAAUAGUGAAAAAUGUCCAGUUACCACAACAACACAAUGUAAUUGAUGCUUUGUUAACUGGUGCCGGUAACGCGUUGAAAGUUUGUGGAUAUUUGAUUGCAAACUUAGUCGCUUUUAUCAGUGUUUUAAAAUUUCUUGAUGUUACAAUCUCGUGGUUAUUCACAUUUAUACAUCAUCCGGAAAUCAAUUUUCAAUAUCUUCUUGGACUGUUGUUUUAUCCGUUUGCCGUUAUUACUGGUAUACCUAUACGAGAUUGUCUAGUGUCAUCGAAGUUAAUCGGUAUCAAAGUAGCGUUAAAUGAAUUUAUCGCUUACGAGAAACUUGGAGAAAUUCGAAAACUUCGUACAGCAUGGAUUAGUAAUGGAACAUAUGAAUUAUAUCGCAAUGGCACAUUGCCAAUACCCACUGAUACUCUUAUGCUUUGGAAUGACAGUUCGGUUACUAUACUCACAUACGCAUUAUGUGGUAAGCUAACAAAAUGUAUUUGA